AUGCCUGUCCUGGAACGGAAGCUCAACGUCCUUGGGGACUGGGUGAGGCAGCUGACCAUCGGCAAGGAAGCCGCAUCUUCCAUCGAUGGGGCGAAUGCACGAGGCAGGAGACUAGCAAUUGGAACUGAACGGGUGGCUUGUAAAAGCUUCCGGAUCACGAAUUUGGAGCAUGCCAGAAGCUCCUUGGUCCGGCGGGAACAGCCGUCAACGCCCAACUCGAAAUCUUGGCUCCAUGCUGGCGACUUUCUCGGCCCACCCAGGCCUUUGCGAAUUGCUUAG